AUGGGUGAACAAUCACCACCACAACUGCCUAGACCACAGAAGGGGCAAGAAGAGAAGCUCUUCUCACCCACGGUACUGCCCUUGACGGUGGACUGGGUUGACUCCGCGUCCGAAUCCGUCGCUGCGGUAGGAGGGAAGAGCCGGCAAGCAAUGUGGUGCAGCGAUAUCAUCAUCAUCGUGGCGGCCAUAGCCACUUUCCUGGUCACAGCCACAGCGCAGCCAAUGGCAGCCGGUAUGGGGCCGCUUCGCUCAGAGCCACCUGGAGGCUUGGGAGCGAAGCCGAAGCCACGUGGCAGCGAGAUUCACUGCACGUUCAGACUAUGUCCGAAGGCCAAGCCGAACGUGAUCAACAUUCACUUCGUGCCGCACUCGCACAUGGACAUCGCCUCUCACAACACCUUCGAAGUCAACUUGAGAAAGGCGACAGCCAUCUUGAACUCGGUGAGCGGCGAGCUGCUGAAGAACAAGAAGCGCAUGUUCAGUAUGACUGAGAUGGCCUUCUUGAAGAAUUGGUACGAGUCCAGCAGCGAGGUCUUCAGGAUCAUCUUCAGGAAAUUCAUCGCCGAAGGCCGCGUGGAGUUGGUGAGCGGCGGCAUGGUGAUGAACGACGAGGCGAGCACGCACUACUCGGACAUCCUGGACCAGAUGACGCUGGGCAUGCGCUGGAUCAACGCCACCUUCGGCGCAUGCGCGCUUCCCCGCGCCGUCUGGCAGUUGGACCCGUACGGCCACUCCAGGGAGCAGGCGGCUCUCUUCGCACAGAUGGGUUUCGACGGCCUCUUCCUGGGCCGAGUGCAUCACCUGGAGCGACGAUGGAGGGGAAACCAAGACGCCCUAGAGUUCGUGUGGCACGCCGACGAAAAGCUCGAAUGGGAGAUCUUCACCUCCAUUUUGCCCCACCGAUACUCUCCUCCGGGCAUGGUGAACUUCAGGGAAUACUUCCUCACGGAAGAAAAUAAAGCGAACAUCGCUCAUGGCUUCAUCGAAGCUGUAGAAACCGCACCACAGCCCCUCGAUUCUCCGAACGAUGAGUUUCAAGCUGACCCAAUGAAGCAGCUGCGGUGGCGCCUGUAA